CUUUUGUCGCCGACAUAUACUUAUUUGUUUGCCCCCCUUCCGUCUGCUCCCCUUCGUCCUGACCUUUUUUUCCCCGGAUUAUUGAAUCAUAAAGAAAAGAAAGAAAGACCCAUCGCGAAGCGGAGCAUCCAUCGUUUUGACCAUUUCGAGGCCCUCGAUUCUCUCUGAUUGACUGGGAAAAUAAAUAAAAAUACAAGCAAGUCUCACAUCUCAUUACCCCCUUCCAAAGGAAAAGAAGAAGAAGAAAGAAGAAGAAAAGGCAACAUGACCAACAACGACGCAUCCAAGGCCAACGGCGCCAACGGUGAUGCCGCCAAGAACUCGUUCGCCGUCAAGGCCGGGCUCGCGCAGAUGCUCAAGGGCGGCGUCAUCAUGGACGUGACGGACGCGGCGCAGGCCCGCAUCGCCGAGGAGGCCGGCGCCUGCGCCGUCAUGGCCCUCGAGCGCGUUCCGGCCGACAUCCGCAAGGACGGCGGCGUCGCCCGCAUGUCGGACCCGGCCGUCAUCAAGGAGAUCCAGAACGCCGUCACCAUCCCCGUCAUGGCCAAGGCCCGCAUCGGCCACUUUGUCGAGUGCCAGAUCCUCGAGGCCCUCGGCGUCGACUACAUCGACGAGAGCGAGGUGCUCACGCCCGCCGACAAGGUCUACCACGUCGAGAAGUCGGGCUUCAAGGCCCCCUUCGUCUGCGGCUGCCGGAACCUCGGCGAGGCCCUGCGCCGCAUCGCCGAGGGCGCCGCCAUGAUCCGCACAAAGGGCGAGGCCGGCACCGGCGACGUCGUCGAGGCCGUCACCCACGUCAAGACCGUCACCAACGACAUCGCCCGCGCCAAGGCCGUCCUCCAGACCGAGGGCGUCAUCGGCAUCCGCGCCAUGGCCAGGGAGAUCGGCGUCGACCCGACCCUGCUCCAGCAGACGGCCGAGCUGGGCCGUCUGCCCGUCGUCAACUUCGCCGCCGGCGGUGUUGCCACCCCGGCCGACGCCGCCCUCAUGAUGCAGCUCGGCUGCGACGGCGUCUUUGUCGGCAGCGGCAUCUUCAAGUCCGGCGACCCGGCCAAGCGCGCCAGGGCCAUCGUCAGGGCCACGACGCACUUCAAGGACGCCAAGGUGCUCGCCGAGUGCAGCGAGGGGCUCGGCGAGGCCAUGGUUGGCAUCAACUGCGACAGCUUGAAGUCCGACGAGAAGCUGGCCACCCGCGGGUGGUAAGCC